AUGACAGAGGAAAAGCCAGCUGAGCUCAUCUUCAUCUGCUUCAUGCUGCUUCACGGUUAUGUUGCAGCACUGAACUGCACCAGCCCAACUCCUGAAUCCCUGUUUAAUGCUCUUGAGAAGGAAUUAUUCCCUAAACAUCUGAUCCGUCCCUCAAAAAGCUUUUCAGAUCCAAUUAACAUAUCUAUCGCUAUCACUUUGGUGGGCAUUAUGGGAGUGGAUGAAAAAUCCCAAACCCUGAAAACAGUCUUAUGGCAAGUCUUGGAGUGGGAUAUAGAGGGACUGAGCUGGGAUGAGAAGGAAUGUGGAACUAGAAGAGUCUCUAUCCCUCGGGAAAAGCUUUGGAUCCCAGACGUCCAAAUCUAUGAGUUCACAGAUGAGGACAAAUCUCCGCAAACUCCCUAUGUCUACUUAUACAACACAGGACGUGUUUUUGAUGAUAAGCCGAUCAGAGUGGUCAGCUCCUGCCAGUUAGAAAUCUACACUUUCCCCUUUGAUAUCCAAAACUGCUCUCUGACCUUUGGACCAUAUCUACACUUUUCUUCGGAAGUAAGGAUGGUUCAAGGAGCCACACCUGAGGAGAUCCUGCAGGAGUCCAGAGAAGUGCUGAUGACCAAUGGGGAGUGGGAGCUGGCAGACGUCGGUAUAGCUCAUUCGACCCUGGCAAUAGAUGUGGGAAACUAUUCUGAGAUCAAAUACUUUAUCAUUUUGAGACGUCGGCCAAUCCUCUACGUGGUGAACCUGCUGAUCCCCAGCUGCUUCCUCAUUACACUGGACCUCUUCAGCUUCCUGCUGCCCCCGCAAAGCGUGGACCGCGCCUCCUUCAAGAUGACCCUCAUCCUGGGCUACACCGUCUUCCUGCUCAUCAUGAACGACCUGCUGCCCGUCACCGGGGAGACAACGCCCCUCAUCAACAUUUUCUUCUCCAUCAGUCUCGCUCUGAUGGUGGCCAGCCUGUUGGAGACAGUGUUUAUCACCAACAUCCAGUUCAGCUCCAGCCAGUACAGCGCGGUGCCUCAGUGGCUCAGCGUCCUCGUGCUGCAGUAUCUGGCUGUUGUCGUUUUUCUCCCUCCAAAGAAGAACAACCGCGUCACAGUCUCCCUUCAACCCCCUGCUACAGACCCGGCAAAAAAUACCAAAACCAGCAUCAUCUCAGCAAGAGAUCCCCAGGGAGUCUCCGAUGAUAAACCUCCGGUAAAACCCUGUCCAGGCUGUUCGGCUCCUCCGGAGCCGGAGCUGGUUGAACUGAGGAAGCUGAGCAGAGAUCUCAUGGCCAUCCGUCUCCAGAUGGACAAACAGUGCCGGGGGAGCAGCACCUCGCAGGAAUGGCAAAUGAUCGGUUUAGUCAUCGACCGCCUGCUGUUCGGCUUGUACAUUGUCUUCAUCUUUGUCGGCUUCAUCACCAUCAUGUCUGUCUGGAUCUGGAACAACUCAUACACAGUAUGAUUAACCAGCGGGGUUAAAUCGUGACUGGAAUCAUACAGAUGAGACUUUCACAUACACGUAUCAAGAGCUGACAUGCUAUCAUCUGAGAUGUGGUACUUGCUGAUUAACUUUGUCAAGGAAUGCAACACGAUUUUCUGGAUUUUGGGAACGUUUGGUAGAGUUAUUUUUAUCAAAGUAUUUGUAUCAUACAGUAUUUACACAUUAAACCAGAUGCAGCAAAAUUCUACACCAAGCAGAAAAAUUCCCACGGAUAAACAGCGAACCAGUGCACCAGAAAACUUUAAAAUUGCUAAUUCUACAUGAGUACUUUUACUUUUGGUGUUUUAAGUAUAUUUUGAUGCUUCUACUUGUGUUCUUUUACUUGUAACAUGGUAUUUCCCAACUGUUAUUGCUACUUUUUACUUAACUCAAAGAUCAGACUACUUCUAGAAAGCGAGCUAGAACUUGAAAUGUAGGUUAAAAAAAACUGAGCUUUAGUUUGGAGCGAAAAUGAUUAGUCAAUUAAUUUCUUUGUCAAUUAGUCUGCAACUAUUUUGAUAAUGAAUUCACUGU